UGAGCGAAAACCCACUCAGGGACGCCGUUUCUGAGGAAAAACUCCCCUCGCUGCCCCGCCGUGGGUCGCCUUUCCCGGGGAUUUUUCCUCCAUCCCUGAGCCCUCCCUGUGUUGGAUGUGACUCCCAGGAGGUUUUGAUCAGUGAAUUCCCAGCUCAGGGAUAACGAAGGCGCCAGGAACUUUCCUCCACCAGGAAUCCAUGCUGCCUGCCCCAGGCAUCAGGACCUCCUGAGGUGACAUCUGAGCUCUGUCUUCUGGUCACUGGGACACUGGUGGCUCCAUGUCCCAGCUCCAGAGCUCCUGGGAAGUGUCCCAGCAGAACAGGACAGAUUUUCCUGAUGCAGACAUGGAGCCUGUGGCUGCCAGCACCUCACUGCCCGACCCGGCUGCUGACUUGGACCGGAACCUCCCCAGGAUCUGUGGGGUCUGUGGGGACAGAGCCACGGGGUUCCACUUCAAUGCCAUGACCUGUGAGGGCUGCAAGGGUUUCUUCAGGAGAAGCAUGAAGAGGAAAGCCAUGUUCACCUGUCCCUUCAGUGGGGACUGCAGGAUCACCAAGGACAACAGGAGGCACUGCCAGGCCUGCAGGCUGAAACGUUGUGUGGACAUUGGGAUGAUGAAGGAGUUCAUCCUGACCGACGAGGAGGUGCAGAGGAAGCGGGAGAUGAUCCUGAAACGCAAGGAGGAGGAGGCACUCAAGGAGAGCCUGAAGCCCAAGCUCUCUGAGGAGCAGCAGAAGGUCAUUGAGAUCCUUCUCCAGGCUCAUCGCAAAACCUUCGACCCCACCUACUCUGACUUCACCAAAUUCCGGCCCCCUGUGAGAAGCAGCUCCAGGAGCAGGGGGACAGGCAGAGCCUCCUCCAUUCUCACCCAGGACCUCUCAUCCGAGGAUUCCAGUGACCUUUUUGGCUCUGAUGCCUUCAGCACAAUCUCAGAGCCUGUGGAGCCUCCAAUAUUUUCCAACCUGGUCCUCUCCGAGGAGAAUGAGGACAGCUCCUCUAUGAACAUUGGCUUCUCCCACCUCUCCAUGCUCCCACACUUGGCUGACCUGGUCAGCUACAGCAUCCAGAAGGUGAUUGGCUUUGCCAAAAUGAUCCCAGGAUUCAGGGACCUGACAGCAGAGGACCAGAUUGCUCUGCUCAAAUCCAGUGCCAUCGAGGUGAUCAUGCUACGCUCCAACCAGUCCUUCACCCUGGAUGACAUGAGCUGGACCUGUGGCAGCAGUGACUUCAAGUACCGCAUCAGCGACGUCACCCAGGCUGGCCACAGCAUGGACCUGCUGGAACCACUGGUGAAAUUCCAGGUUGGUUUGAAGAAGCUGAACCUCCACGAUGAAGAACAUGUGCUCCUCAUGGCCAUCUGCAUCUUGUCCCCAGAUCGCCCUGGAGUCCAGGACACUUCCUUGGUGGAAUCCCUUCAGGAUCACCUCUCAGAGAUCCUUCAAACCUACAUCCAGGUCCGACACCCCCUUCCUGGGAGCCGUCUCCUUUAUCCCAAGAUGAUCCAGAAGUUGGCUGACCUGCGGAGCCUCAACGAGGAGCAUUCCCGGCAGUACCGCUGCCUCUCCCUGCAGCCCCAGCAUUCCAUGCACCUCACACCUCUGGUCCUCGAGGUUUUUGGCAACGAAAUCUCCUGAUUCCCAACUCCUCACCUCCCCCUUCCCAAAAAAAUCACCCUCUGAUCCAGGCCUGCUUGGGAAGUUUUGGAUGCAGAGGGUCCUGCACUGCUCCAGUUCCUCCUCCGCUUGGACCCAAGAUCCAUUGGUUUCUCCUCAGUUUUUGUCACUUCCUUACCCUCUGCCACCACAUUUGGCCUUUUCUGGAGCUCAAAUCCCAUUUUUUUUUGGACCCUGGGAAUGGUUGAAAGGAGAAGCCCUGAGGUGAUUUCCUCAGGGGGGGGGGUGGGGGGGACACAUUCCUGAGGCUUUUGCUCUCUUCCUAAAGACCCCCAACAUGUGUUCCCCCCCAGUUCCAAACUGGGGACACCAGUGGAUGUCCCACAGCCCUGCUGGGAAACGUGGUGGAGUCCAUCCCCCUCCCUCCCCCCCCCAAAAUGUGUCACCAGUUCAACCAGUCCCACUAGCCA